GCAUAAUGUGCUGCAACUCUUCUGCGAACACAUGUGCAGGCGAUGAAAGUGACGUCAUCAGUCCUCAUGGCGGCCUCCAGCUGCGGUUCCUGCUCGACCCGGUGUGGCUCGUGGGAGCAAUGCUCGGCAGCUCCGGGGACGUGGCGCAGGGCUUGGCACUGCAGUUCACCUCGUCGACGCUAGUUGUGGCCAUCGGCAUGGGAAACGGGCUCGUCACGGCUGUCCUGACAGCUACGCUCCUUCGCGAACCAACAUCGCUGCUGGUGGUGAGUUCGUGCAUUUUGACGAUCGUGGGUACCGUGCUCAUGGUGCUUGGCGUGCCGGCUGAGAUGGAGCCCAUGACAGCCAUGGAGCUCGAGCUGUACCUCGCGCAGACCGGCUUCUUGGUGUACGCGUUGCUGAUGGCCGGGCUGCUGGCGUUGUGCGCGGGCCUGUUGUUGCACGCCCGCGGGGACCAGUGCAUCCUGGUGAACAUCUGCAUCAGCGCGCUUGCCUCCGUGCCUUACACGAUCGCCGUCAAGGCCAUCGUGAUGACCGUCUCCGAGCUCGGAGAGCUUGUGUCCGUGCGCACUGCCGCCUGGUUCGUGGUGGUCGUCGUCUCCUUCUUCGCGCACGUCAUCUUCCUCAAUAAGGGACUGGUGCAGUUCGAUCCGGUGCGCAUCUCCCAGCUGUCCUCGUGCUUCCUGCACCUGAGCUUCACCGCCACCAUGAUGCUGCUGUCCCAGUCCUGGCAGGAGGCGACGCCCUACCACGUGUUCCUGCUGAUGCUGGGCGUGGCGGACGUGUCCUUCGCGCUGUUCGCCUUCAUGCUCUUCCAGGAUGACCACCAGCGCUCGGACACUGCGGUGCAAAUCGCGCUGAGGCUCCUCAUCGCCGGCAGUCGAGCCAAAGGUCGAACCCAGCCGCGGUCGCCGUCCCCCGUGGCGCCGCGACCACGCCGAAUCCUGGCCAGCAAGAGGAGACGCCGGAGCAGAUGACAGAUCGGUGUCUGAUCGGGCUCUGAUCGGUGUCUUCGCGAAAUUAACAUUGCCAGAGACUUAAAAAUUAUCCAGUCGGAUUUGAACAAAAUUUCCGCGUGGCGUGAUAGUUGGACUGUAUAUGACUCUAAAUAUUACCUAAAUGUAAUUAGAUUCGUUUUCACAAGGAAGAAGUUAGAUACACUUAUACAUACUAUUGUAUUAACAACAUUAUAUACUUCCGUGAAUGACGGAGGCAAAGUACCAUGGCAUACAUUUCACAAGUAUUCAUUCCUGGCACGAGCAUACAAAAAAAAAAAAAAUCAAAUAAGACAAAUAAAACUCAUGUUCUUGGUCCGUACUUUACACGAAAGCAGUGCGAGGAUUAAAAAAAAAAACAUAUAUUGUAUAUGUAACAUAUGUAAGGCCUAUUCUCGAAUACGACUGCGUGCUUUUGAGAUACUAAUCAGCAGAGCCUAAUCGACUCUCUGGGAAGCAUACAAAGUCGAUCUGCAAGAUUAAUCGUCAGUGAUUAUGAUUGUCUCAGCAGCGUCACAGCGAGGAAGACAAAUUUUCAGCUGCUUUUGUUAAACCACUGUAAGGCGCUGCCUCCAUCUAAAGCUUUUUUAAGAAUAUUUGUAUACUACGAGCGCGCUAGCAUCAACAAAGCAAGAC